UUUAAAUUUUGUCUCCUUGACACAACUAACGCGAGCGAUUACGAAGUUAACGAUGCAUAAACAAUAAAACAAAGAAAAUAAUCGAAAAUUUACAAAUUGAAAUAAAAAAAUAAAUAAUAAAUAAAAACAAAAACACACAUGCACCAAGGCAACAUCAAUUAAUAAUCCAAUUUCAUGUUGGUUUCAGAAAAAAAGAGGUACGCACGUCCUUAUGUAUAAUACAAAAAAAAACGUCGAAUUUCCUAAUUCCUUACGUGGCAUUUUGACGUUUCUUGAAAUUUCCAUAAGUUCUUAUCCCCACUACUGAUAAGAACCGUUGUCGAUAAAUACCGCCGUGCAUGAGGACAAUCCUUCAGUUGUAAAAUAUAUACGAGAUAAGAAUAAAGAAAAGCAAGAAAAUUCACUGCUGCUAUUUACGUGGUUUAAAUAUCAAGAGCGUGUGAAAGUUUUCAAGACAAACGAGAAGAAAGAGCACAAGAAAGAGAAAAAUUAUACAAAUUUAAGAAGAAGAAAGAAAGAAAGAAAGAAGAAAAACAAUAAUUAUGAUAUUGCUACCACUUUUAUUCUCUUCUUUGUUGACGGACAUAGAUCAGUCUCAAAAGCUGAUAGAUAACAAUUUAGAGAAUGACUUGUUUCCUGAAAUAAACAGCUUAUAUCCGUUUUCACCUUUUGCCAAUGCUCUUCUUAACGGACCAUGGUUUGAAUUUUUGAAUCAAGAUAAACAUACCUCCAGCGUAACCACUGAUGAACAUAACUUCAAGAUCGUCCUGGAUGUAAAAGAAUUCAAACCUAAUGAAAUCAAAGUCAAAGUCGCUGAUGGAUACAUCAUCGUUGAGGGUCAGCAUGAAGAAAAGAAGGACAAAGAUGGUUUCGUCUCUAGACAAUUCGUCCGUAGAUAUUUGUUACCAUAUCAAGCAGAGACCGAUAAAAUUACUUCCAAGAUAUCAACUGAUAGAAUAUUAACCAUUAUAGCACCUUUAAAUAAGAAUCUGGAAAAACCAACUGAAAAAACAAUUAAAAUUGAACUUAGUGACAAACCAGCUGUUACACAGAAAGAUAACGAUAAGAAAGUAACAGUGAAUAGUAAUCAUGAAGAAGGUACGACUCCAAAGGAUACAAUCCAUGUAUCUAAUACUGCUGCAAAGAGUACAAUCCAUGUGUCAAGCACCACUCCAAAGAGUACAACCCAUGCGUUAGGCACUACUCCAAAGGAUACAAUCCAUUCGUCAAGCACUACUUCAAAGGAUACAAUUCAUUCGUCAAAUACUACUUCAAAGCAAUAAAAUUUUUCUAAUAGUUUGUAAAGAUUUUAUGCCAUUUCUCUCAAAAAAUUAUGAUUUGUACAUGUUGAAUCUGUUUCAAAUUCCGUCCUAUCUUUCAUUGUAUUUUUGAACAUUGUAAAUUUUAGAUAAAUAUUGUUAAUAAAUGAAAUUUAUUUAUUGCUA